AUGCAAAGCAGAACAAGUUAAUCAGCAAAAUAAAUCGAAGCUGAUACUCCAGUUCAAAAUACAUCAGAAGAUGGAAAGCUACUUAAAUCUGUUAGAAAGGUCUAAUAAAUAAGAUAAUUGCUUACAGCUAAUACACCUGCAAAAUCCUUGCCUAGCUACUAAUUAGAUGCUGCUCCCUUAAAGGAGUACAACCCAUAAAAACAAUUGUCAAAAUAAAUUACAUUUGACGAGGUUAAUGAUGAGGAACUGCAAAGAUACAAAGCGGAAUGGCAUUGGUUUGUAUUCUUCGAAUUUCUAUUUUAUCAUAUGUUGUUUUAUAUAUUAUUAGGUCCUUUUGUUGUCUUAGUCUUAUUUAAAUAUCCUGGGAUAAUCUUAUUAAAAAACAUGAGGUUUUGUAAACACUCAUCCUCAUUUUAUAUGCAAACUCUCUUAUGGUGUGGAUCUGCAUUAGGUGGUUUAAUGUAUUUUAUCCAAGACUAAAGUGUUAUAACAUUGACAGAAAUUAUUUUUAUGUGGUUUGCUAUUACGACUCGUUCAGUAGUUAUUGCUGCUAAAUAUGCUACUUUAAGUUUGGCUAGAAUUCGAUUAUAUAAAACUGAAGAACUCCCUGAUGAAAUGUUUAAUUUUGAUCUGAUGUUUUAAGAUUGGUUUGAACAAUCCUCCAAAGUUCUGUUUUUAGAGUAAUACAGAGCUUUAAGAAGACAUGAAUAGGAGUAUUCUUUAUAUAAAUUUGAUUUUCUUUUGGAUCCAAAUAAAAAAACAGCUGAUGCAAUUAAAACAACAAAUAUAUGUUUUUAUUUAGAAUGGGCAAUGAAACAAUAGAUGAAAUAAACUGAUCCUAUUAUUGAAUAAGUAUAUUAUAAUGGAUUUCAUGUCUUUGGUUACUUAGUCAACUACUAUUAGAAGAACAACCCUACUUCAUUAUUUUAUAAAUAUAUGAUUGGAAUGUCUAUAUUUUAUGGCAUCUCUCCCACUUUUAUCCGAUUGUAACACUUUAUGGGAAACAUACCAGAUUGGCUGGACAUAAUAAGAUUAAUAGUUAAUUUUUUGACGUCAAUGUAGGCAUUUUUUGGUUCUAUUAUCUUCUUAGGCAUAGGAAUAUAUGAUUUUAGAAGAAAGUUCUUUUUACUUGAUUAAUGUCUCUAUAUGCUCUCAGCUAAAAAGGUUUCAUAUACAACAGCCAAAAAACUCAUCCCUACCAUAAAUUUUAAUAAUCCUUAAACUUUAUAGGCAUGGUCCAUUUUUAGAUCCUUGUGUUUUGAUUACGGACAAACAUAUAAUCUAAGAGUUCAGGGAUUUUAUUCUUUAAUUUUUGUAGCCAAUAUAGUUUUUAUAUUUCUCACUUUAGGCUUGAUCUUAGAUUUUAUCCAUAUUGAUAUGUUUUAACUAAUAUUGCUUGGUGAAAUGGCAAUUAUCCUAAUUGGAUUUACUUUAUAUUAUCUUUACUUAGGAGCAUCACUUAACGAAUACUUUGAUAGUUUUGAAACAUUGUUGGAUGAUGUCAAAUCAAUUUAUUAAGACAUCUUAAGGAUGAGAGAAUAAUACUUCCAGAAUAAUAUCUAACCAAUAAAUGAUGUUCAUAAAAUUUUUGUAAAUAUUAUACGAGAUUAAAUUGGGGUUGAUGUGGAUACAGUAAAGGAAUACAUUGAAUUGAUAGUUGAAGAAUUGGAGAACAAUUAGAGAUAACUUGGUUAUGAUAGAAGAAACAAUCCAUUUAAAUUAUAUGGUGUAGUAAUUACUUAUAAUUUGCUAAAAAGUGCUGGUGUUGGACUAUCAACUGUGUUUAGUUACGCUAUUUAACAAAGGUUCUCAAAUAAAGAAAAAUGA